AUGGACCCUCCACCGCGCCAAGCGGCGCCGUCGUCGUCGCCGUUCCCGCGGCUCGAGGUGCUCGACCGCUCCGCGGCGCACACAUUUGCGCGCCCGGCGAAGCUGAUCAACGACGGGCCCGACGUGGCGCACUUCCUAACGUCGAAAGCCUACCGCGACAUUGGCACGUUCGUCAUGCAGCUGAACCGUGCGCUGUGUCCCCGCAGCAAGACGCAACCCACAGACAGUGCAGGCAUCGAGUCGUUCACGCUCGGCGCCGGCCGCGAGCGCGACCCCGAGCCCGUGGCCCGGCUGCGCCAGCUGUUGCAGCGCGUCGAGGCCUUCGUCGACGAGGCGCCGCCCGACCCCGGGCCGCGGCGUUUUGGUAAUGUCAGCUUCCGCACGUGGCACGCCCUGCUGGACGAGCGAGCCGACGCCCUUCUGCGCGAGUUCCUGCCGCGCGGCGUCCUCGAGUUUCCCUCUACCUCUGCGGGGACAACAACGGCGGCUGAGUUGAAGGCGGGCGAGGAAGGGUUGUUGGAAACAGGAGAGGAACAGGGCGAGGCCGGGCCGCUCGACGAGGUCAAGGCGUAUUUCCUCGGCAGCUUCGGGAGUGCUCAGCGGCUAGACUACGGCACGGGCCACGAGCUGAGUUUCCUGGCCUUCUUGGGCUGUGUGUGGAAGCUGGGUGCCUUUAAGAGCGAAGCCGCCGACAGCGAGAGGGCACUCGAAGAUGUGGAGCGGAGCAUUGUCCUGGGCGUGAUGGGGCCCUACCUCCAAGUAAUACGCCGUCUGAUCCUGACCUACACGCUCGAGCCGGCCGGGUCGCAUGGUGUGUGGGGGCUCGACGACCACUCGUUCCUGCCGUACAUCUUCGGGUCAGCGCAACUAACGCGGCCGAUCGGCGAGGGGUCCGGCGAGGCGAUGCCGCUCGAGGGCUCGCUUCAGGGAGCGCCGCGGCCGGCCGACGUGGCCAAGGUGGACGCGGGCUUCGAGCGCCUGCGCCGCGACAACAUGUACUUCUCGGCGGUCGGCUUCAUCCGCGACGUCAAGACGGGGCCGUUCUGGGAGCACAGCCCAAUCCUGUUCGACGUGUCUGGGAUCCGCGACGGCUGGGGCAAGAUCAACAAGGGCAUGGUCAAGAUGUUCAACGCCGAGGUCCUGUCCAAGUUCCCCGUUGUCCAGCACUUCCGCUUCGGCGCGCUCUUCUCGUGGGACCAAGACCCCGACGCCCCCGCCCCCGCCCAGUCCGUCCACAUGGCCAACCAGCCUGCUUCUGCUAUCGCUACUCUUGCUGCUGCUGCUGCUGCUGCUGCUACUGCUGCCGGUACUGCGGCGCCCUGGGCGCAAGCGACUCGGAUGCCUCCCGGCACCGGAGGAGGGCCGGGAAUCCCGUACUCCAAAGCCCCUUGGGCCAGCCGAGGUGUCGGCGGUGGAGCUGGGGGCAGCAGCGCGGUACCCCCUCUUCCGCGGGGAGGGCCGCCCGACACAGGGCCGCUUCCGCCGACCUCGUUCCCCAAGGGCAUCCCAGGCAAGGCCAACAACCAGUUCGCCGUCACCAAGGCGCCGUGGGCGAACGACUGA